UUGCUCUUUGAUGAUGCUUUCCUGGCUGCAGGAUUGUUUUUCCAUGGCCAAUGUGUCCUGGUAUGGAGGGCCAAGCAUCCGUGCCCAGCGCUGGCCCCUCAACAGCGCCGAGAGCCCCGCGCAGCCCUUGGUCAGCGGCGACCUCAGCACAAACCCCGGUGGCUUUGGGCCUGUCCUGGAGAGGUAUUUCCUGGGAUCCACAGGAGUGACGGUGACCGUGGCUCCUGACGUGUCCCUGCUGCUGUCUCUGGAGAGCCACAGGCAGUUCUGCCUGGAGACGCCGGCAGGACGAGCGGAGGCCCUGCACUACCAACUCUGUGUCAGCGCUGACGUGGCGGCCGCCCGCCGGCACACGGCCAGCGCUCCGGCGGGAGCAGCUCGGACACUGCCGGACACCGCGCUCCUGGGGUCUCCGAUCUGGCGGUACCACGGCCCAGAAGCUUCUGCCGCCAAAAUCAAGCGAGGCCUGAGGUCUCUGGUGAGGAGGCUGAAGCGGCAUCGCCUUCAGGAGGGCGUCGUGGCCCUGGGGGAGCAUGGCACCGCCGUCCUCGCUGCCGUGGACCUCGUGCCCUCGCAGCGCAGGAAGAGGCAGGCCCCGGCGCUGGUGGAACCUUUGGAGCUCUCCAUCACGCUGUCCCCGUACGCCGGUGUCACCUCCCCGCUCUUCCUGCGCUCCCUGCGCGGCGGAGAGGCCACGGGAUACUGGCUCAGCCGCCAGCCCCGACCCGGGGGCAGCUCGAUUCCGCUGCUGACCACCUGGAAGGGGCAGCUCUGCGCCCGCCUGAACGUCACCAGCGAGGCAGCGCUGGGCUGGUACCUGGCUCGCGCCCGGCACCUGCGGCAGGCCCUGGGGGCCACCUAUGUGGCCUUUGAGGGAGUCGAGGGCAAUUCCUUCCUGGAGCAGGAUGUCCCCGCUCCUGCUGAGCUGGCAGUCGAUGGAUACACCGAGGUGCUGGCAGCAGCAUUGGCAACACUGGGAAAUGGCACCAUCAUCAGCGCCGGGAGCAGAUCCAGUCACCUCCCGCUGUUUGUCCAGAUGAGGCCCCUGCGCUCCGACUGGAGCCAUGCCGGGCUGAAGGGGCUCAUCCCCUCCGUGCUGCACUACAGCCUCCUGGGCUACAAUUUCUUCAUCCCUGAUGCAGUAGGAGGGAGCGUGGCUGGAGCCACCCCGGGGGACCCGGAGCUGUUUGUGAGGUGGCUGCAGAUUGUGACAUUCCUGCCGGUGAUGGCCUUUGGGACCCCGCCCUGGCUCUGCUGUGAUGCCUGGGUCCUGAAUCUGACCCGCCAGUGCAUCCAGAGGCACCGGGACUUCGUUGUGCCGCUGCUCCUAAAAUACAGCCAGGAGUGGCAGAGUUUGGGAUACCCCAUCUUCCGUCCUGCCUGGUGGCUCAGCCCCACGGACCCAGUUGCGUUCACCAUAGAGGAUGAGUUUCUCAUUGGAGAUGAGGUCCUGGUUGCUCCAAUAACAGAAAAGGGACAAACAUGGAGGGAUAUCUACCUGCCAGGAGAGGGGCACCUCUGGCUGGACACCAACACUGCCCGAGUGUUUGAUGGUGGCACCACCCUCAGGAAUUACUCUGCCAGCCUGGCUGAGGUGCCAGUGUUUGUAAAGACCUCCUGAGUCCAGGCUGGGCAGCUCUGGGACAGAGACCUCCAAGGGCAGCGCUGGCCACAGGCACUCGCUCUCCCUCAGACCUCCAGCCUCUUUGCACUUUUCCAAGAUCCCUUUUUCUUUUGUUUUGUUUUGUUUGUGGGUUUUUUUAUUAUUAUUUUUUAUUUUAUUUCAGCAGAAAUGGUCUGAAUUUUCUUACUUGUCAUUAUCCCAAAAUAGUGGUUCUGCCACCAACAUCCAUCCACAAUGAAUGCUGCAUUUUUUCCAGGGUUUUCCUCGUCAAAUGUCUGUGUGUGUAUGUUCAGGUGGGCAUAUCCAGCAUUUUCAGGGCCCUGGAACCAUGCUCAGAGAGGCAGGGAGAGAAUUUCCCAGGAGAUAAACAAACAUCAGCUUAUACCUGAGGGGAAAAUUUGUAUUUAAUGAAAAAAAUUAAAUCUAGGGGAAAAACUCCCAGGAUAAUUUUGGUGCCGUGUGUGGCCUCCUCCUGUGCUGAGCAAUGCUUCUCCCACCUGAGGCUGUGUGUGGUUUCCAGGUAGCAAGAGCCCACCUUCUGAGUAUAUUAGGGAAAAUGAGUGAACUCCAGGUGUAUUUGAAGCAGGUUUCUGUGGAAGAAAAAUAAAUUUGAUCGAGCAGAGGAGUGGCUCUACCAGAGCAUGAUGCAGAUAUCAAAGAUCUUUACCCACCCCUGUGUGCCCAGGCUCCUGCUUUUCACUGUUUGUUGAAUUUUAUGGCUUUUUUCCAAUUAUUUCUUGCAGUGCAAGGGGGAUCCGGUGUGACCAGCCUCCUUCUAUCCAGCAGAGAAUGUAUCCAUAGACAAAAUCCACAUCCCACAUGUGGAAUAUGCAUUUAGGGAGAUUAUCAGCUGUGCUGAUACCCCAAAUUAGGGAUCAAUGGGACACCGCAGGAUGAUUCCUGCAAUGGGAUGAUUCCAAAG